AUGUACCCCAUCACACUAGAGCAGGUAGCACCUCUGAUGUACCCCAUCACACUAGAGCAGGCAGCACCUCGGAUGUACCCCAUCACACUAGAGCAGGCAGCACCUCGGAUGUACCCCAUCACACUAGAGCAGGCAGCACCUCUGAUGUACCCCAUCACACUAGAGCAGGCAGCACCUCUGAUGUACCCCAUCACACUAGAGCAGGCAGCACCUCUGAUGUACCCCAUCACACUAGAGCAGGCAGCACCUCUGAUGUACCCCAUCACACUAGAGCAGGCAGCACCUCUGAUGUGCCCCAUCACCCUAGAGCAGGUAGCACCUCUGAUGUACCCCAUCACCCUAGAGCAGGUAGCACCUCUGAUGUACCCCAUCACCCUAGAGCAGGUAGCACCUCUGAUGUACCCCAUCACACUAGAGCAGGCAGCACCUCUGAUGGACCCCAUCACCCUAGAACAGGUAGCACCUCUGAUGUACCCCAUCACCCUAGAGCAGGUAGCACCUCUGAUGGACCCCAUCACACUAGAGCAGGCAGCACCUCUGAUGUACCCCAUCACACUAGAGCAGGUAGCACCUCUGAUGUACCCCAUCACACUACAGCAGGCAGCUCCUCUGAUGUACCCCAUCACACUAGAGCAGGCAGCACCUCUGAUGUACCCCAUCACACUAGAGCAGGUAGCACCUCUGAUGUACCCCAUCACACUACAGCAGGCAGCACCUCUGAUGUACCCCAUCACACUAGAGCAGGCAGCACCUCUGAUGUACCCCAUCACACUACGGCAGGCAGCACCUCUGAUGUACCCCAUCACACUAGAGCAGGCAGCACCUCUGAUGUACCCCAUGACACUAGAGCAGGAAGCACCUCUGAUGUACCCCAUGACACUAGAGCAGGCAGCACCUCUGAUGUACCCCAUGACACUAGAGCAGGCAGCACCUCUGAUGUACCCCAUCACACUAGAGCAGGCAGCACCUCUGAUGUACCCCAUGACACUAGAGCAGGCAGCACCUCUGAAGUAUCCCAUGACACUAGAGCAGGCAGCACCUCUGAUGUACCCCAUGACACUAGAGCAGGCAGCACCUCUGAUGUACCCCAUGACACUAGAGCAGGCAGCACCUCUGAUGUACCCCAUGACACUAGAGCAGGCAGCACCUCUGAUGUACCCCAUGACACUAGAGCAGGCAGCACCUCUGAUGUACCCCAUCACACUAGAGCAGGCAGCACCUCUGAUGUACCCCAUCACACUAGAGCAGGCAGCACCUCUGAUGUACCCCAUCACACUAGAGCAGGCAGCACCUCUGAUGUACCCCAUCACACUAGAGCAGGCAGCACCUCUGAUGUACCCCAUCACACUAGAGCAGGCAGCACCUCUGAUGUACCCCAUCACACUAGAGCAGGCAGCACCUCUGAUGUACCCCAUCACACUAGAGCAGGCAGCACCUCUGAUGUACCCCAUCACACUAGAGCAGGCAGCACCUCUGAUGUACCCCAUCACACUAGAGCAGGCAGCACCUCUGAUGUACCCCAUGACACUAGAGCUGGCAGCACCUCUGAUGUACCCCAUCACCCUAGAGCAGGUAGCACCUCUGAUGUACCCCAUCACACUAGAGCAGGCAGCACCUCUGAUGUACCCCUUGACACUAGAGCAGGCAGCACCUCUGAUGUACCCCAUCACACUAGAGCAGACAGCACCUCUGAUGUGCAGGCUGCACCUCUGA